AUCUGCUAAAAGAUCACAUCAGGCUUUUCCCCUAGAUUUAAUCCCUGGAUUAAGCUUUUAGCAAAAGAUUGGCACUGGCAAAAAGCUGAUGAAAUCUGCAUCCCCUUUUUGCUCAUUCUGUUCUAUUCUAUUCCUGAUCAAGUAUUUAAAGGUGUGAAAUUCUGUGUUCCCCAGAAUUCAUGUCCAGUGAUCUCCCAGAAGUCCCCAGUGAAGGAUGAGCUGCUAUCCAACAUUGUCAUCGAAAACCCACAAAUUUAACGUAUCUUCUGGCCUGAUUGGACUCAUGGCGUCAAAGUUGGGGAUUCGUUUCUCGGAUAACGUUCGACCAGAUUUACGCACCUGGGUUGACUUGAUCAAUUCUUCGUUCAAGCUGACGUACGUGAAGAAGGAAGAAAAUGAUGAGGUU